AUGGGUGAUGAUGAGAUUGCUGCUCUAGUUGUAGACAAUAGCUCUAGUAUGUGCAAGGCUGGGUCUGGGGAUGAUGCCCCUCGUGCUGUGUUCCCCUCCAUUGUGGGGCAUCGUGGGCACCAGAACGUGAUGGAGGCAGAUGAGCCACAAGGACAGCUAUGUUGGGACGAAGCCCAGAAUAAGCAGGGCAUCCUGACACUGAAGUACCCUACUGAGCAUAGCAUUGUUACUAACUGGGAUGACAUGGAGAAGAGCGGGUAUCACACCUUUUACAAUGAAUUGUGGGUGGCUCCUAAGGAGCACUCUGUAUUGCUUAGUGAGGCUUGCCUCUACCCUCAGCCUAAGAGGGAGAAGAUAGCUAAGAUCAUGUUUAAGACUUUCGAUGCACCAGCAUACGUGGCUAUCCUGAUUGUGCUGUCCAGCUAUGCCUCUGGCUGCACCACAUGCAUUGUAAUGGACUCUGAUGCUGGAGUUACCCUCAAAGCCCCCAUCUAUGAGGGCUAUGCCCUGCCCCAUGCUAUCCUCCAGCUGGACUUGGUUGGCCAAUCUAACUACUUCAUGAAAAUCCUGACAGAGCGGGGCUCCAGCUUCACUGCCACAGCUGGGAGGGAGAUUUUGAGUGACAUCAAGGAGAAGCUGUGCUAUGUUGCCUUGGAUUUUGAGCAGGAAAUGGCCACAUCUGCCUCUUCCUCACUAGAGAAGAGCUAUGAGCUCCCUGAUGAGAAGGUGAUCACCUUGGGUAAUAAGAGGUUCUGCUGCCCUGAGGCUUUUCCAGCAGCCUUCCUGGACAUGGAGCCCUGCAGCAUCCUUGAGACCAACUUCAACUCUAUCAUGAAACGUGAUGUGGAUAUCUGCAGGGAUCUGCAUGCUAAUAUGGUCAGCACCAUGUAGGCAGCCAUUACUGACUGUAUGCAGAAAGAGGUUGCUUACCUAUCACCAAAUACCAUGAAAAUCAGAAUCAUUGCCUCUCCUGUGUGUAAAUUUUCUGUCUGGAUUGGUGGCUCUAUCCUGCCUUCUUUCUCCACCUUCUAACAGAUGUGGAUCAGCAAACUGGAGUAUGAUGAGUCCAGGCCAUCCAUUAUUCACAGCAAAUGUUGCUAG